AAAAAGCUCAAGAAAAAUUCGGGAAUUCUGUGCGACAGUCCAAUCGAAGGCAACAUUUAUAUGUUGACCGUAGGGCUCAGCCACGCUCGCCAGACCGCUUGCUCGCCUGCCCUCAGAACCUCUCCGUUCCUUCUUCCUUCUCAGACCUAAAUUCCCUCUCCUCUCCUUUCCUCUAUAUUGCUACGACUUACAGGAGAUAUGAUUAAGCUGUUUAAAGUCAAGGAGAAGCAGAGAGAACUUGCUGAAAAUGCUAGUAAUGGGGUACCUAUAAAGAAGCAAAGUGCUGGAGAACUACGUCUUCACAAAGAUAUUAGUGAGCUGAAUCUACCAAAAUCAUGUAACAUAACCUUUCCCAAUGGCAAGGAUGACCUGAUGAACUUUGAAGUGUCAAUACGACCAGAUGAGGGAUAUUAUUUAGGAGGCACAUUUUUGUUCUCCUUUACAGUUUCCCCCAUCUAUCCGCAUGAAGCCCCGAAGGUCAAGUGCAGGACAAAGGUCUACCAUCCAAACAUCGACUUGGAAGGAAACGUCUGCCUCAACAUCUUACGAGAAGAUUGGAAACCUGUUCUCAAUAUUAACACUGUUAUUUAUGGACUCUACCAUCUGUUCACGGAACCAAACGAUGAGGAUCCUCUGAAUCAUGAUGCUGCUGCAGUUUUAAGAGACAAUCCGAAGUUAUUCGAAUCUAAUGUGAGAAGGGCUAUGGCUGGGGGUUACGUGGGGCCAACCUUUUUCCCACGCUGUAUGUAACUCACUCAUAAUCCUUCCUUCUUGUUCAACUUUUCACUGCCCUGUAUGUAGCUAGAUUCUGUCUCUCCGUACAUUAAGUGCUCAUUUAGAGAUAAUAUCACCCUCGGUUGUGUUAGUCCAAUGGAUGGAGUUAGUGAUGUUAAUGUGUAACACUUCUAAAUUGUUAAUUAACAUGGUUACAUUUUGUCCCUUCUUAUGGUACACUAUUUUGGAUGGAAGCCAAAGGCAUGCCAUGACGGAGGGGGGCAGGCAAGUGUUCGAAGACUGAUUUUGUAGAAACUUCCAAAUUUGUCUCUCAUCCCUAUGCCUCGGCCUACUACUGCUUGUGUUUCAGAAGGAACAUGCAAGUGGUGAAUGCUGAGGUAAUCAAAGUUCCUUGUGUGUCCUCCUUGAAUGCUUUGGAAGUUGGAUCAUAUGGUAGAAAUCUUGAAUGCUUUGGAAAAUAAGCUCCCAUCAUUUCUCUAAUUUUUCUUAAGACUUUGAAGAUUUUAGUGAAGAACAUAAUGUCACUUAAUCAUUUGAGUUUGAGUUGAAGAAGUAUUUGUUUUGAAACA